AUGUCGAAUUUGUACCAUUUGAGCACUGACACCAAGAAUGGUAUCAAGAAGUUCAGAAGUGCAACAGCAAGGUCGGACGACGCCCAGAUCCAGGUCAUAAAGAUCCAACCAAAACCCUCCUAUGAAAUUAUCAUCGAUGAUGACGAGGAUCUUGAGGAUUUCAAGGAGCUCUCAGACUUAGCCGAGUUGUUGCCGGACAACAUGCCUAGAUUUGUGCUAAUGUCAUAUCCAAUGACCACAAGAGACGGGCGCAAGAAGACUCCCUUGGUUAUGUUAUACUGGAAGCCACCUACGGUCGUUUCCCAAGAAUGGAAGAUGCUCUAUGCCGGUGCUUUGGAGAUGGUACGGGUCGAGUGUGCCGUUAACAAGUUUAUCGAAGUGUCGUCUGGGUUAGAAGAUGAGGAUGAGAUAGAGGAGCUAAAACAGGAGAUAGAAGCCGAUUGA